UACGUUUUGUUGUAAUCUUUCGGUCUAAACAGUCCAUUUAGAAACCACGAAUGCGAAUUUGAUGGCAAGCAAUGAUGGAAUGGCCCUGUUGCGGCUCAGCCCGCCAAGAACAGCCCCCCCCCCCCCCAGCCGUGCUAGCGCUCUCCCCUUUGCGGUUCACCCUUUGUAGAGCUGCAGGGAAAACGCCGGAUGACUGAAGAAUGAAUCUCUAGGUCACUUAUCAGCUUGUCACCAAGUCAUAGCCAGGUUAGAAAUGUAUGCCUGUGACACCAUUUAGAGUAUUGUGCAAUAUUUAUUCAACAAUUAACUGCUCCACUUGUUGCGUCGGCACGGGCCGCGCACGUUUCGCCACAUCCUGCUGCGACACGGUCCAGGCCAGUGCGUAAGAUCAGCGGCAGCAGGGCAUGUCGACGACCUUGGCUGGCACGAGCGAACCUGCUGUCCCCCUGUGUGACCGGGGCGUGACCUGAGCGUGCAGCGGGGCGGGGAGGGGCGGUCAUACUGCACCGGAGCAGGAGCGGCCACCGUCGGCCAGGGGCGGUGUGGCAACACGGUGAGAGGCCUCCUCGGACCAGAACGGCCUGAAUAUAGCCGCCGGGCCGGCCGGGAGCCGGCACAGAGCGAUCACAGCUGCAGUGUCGGUGACACAGUGAGAUUCACCUGUACUCAGUGUUAUAAGACAGAGGCCAGGCCAGCCCGGGUCAUAUCAGGUCAGACCAGGCGUACCGACUCGUCGAGAUGUUCUCCUCGCCAGUGUUUGUGUGCGCGCUGCUGGUGGCUGGAGCGGCGGCUUCAUCCGUGCCAGUGUCGCAGAGAGCCCGGGGAGGCAAGAUCGACGGCGGAAGCGAGUCGUUCUUCAGCGGCGGGUUCCAGCCGUCGGUGGCCGUACCUCUGGAGAGGAGAUCCGACAGCCACACCGCCGCCAGCACCUCCAGCUACCAGGCCGCUAGUAGCAGCUAUCAGCCCACGGCUACGACCUCUGAUGUAGCCAGCUAUCAGACCAAGUCCACGGCGGCUGCAUCGCCCCGUUUCUUCGAUCUUGGCAAUCUCUUCUACGGACUUCAGGCCAACCUGCCGGCCGUGGUGAUCACGGUACUGCUGGUGAUCGGCACCAUCGUGAUCGUGCCGUUGAUCGCCUCCAAGCUGUUCGGACUCGGCAGCUCCAGCUUCCUCAACCUGGGAGGAUACGGCCGCUCUGAGGACGGCGGAGCUGACCUGACCUCUCUCAUGAGCCUGCUGGACGAGGCACUGCAGAAACACGACGUGGACGCCACCUCCUGUAUGCAGCUCGGUGUCUGCUCGUACGUCCGGAGGGCCGCGCUGGACAUCGUGGAGGGACGCGCCGACUCCACUGACCUCAUCGUCGACGGCAUCUCCAGCAACCCUCUGCUGUCCUCGUGGCUGGAUGGUACCUCAAUCCUGGAGGCUUCCAACGUGGGCCGCUCGGGAGCCGACUGUGCCCAGACCUACGGCACGUGCUCGCUGAAUGCCGCCUCCGUGGUCAGCGCCGUCGGAGACCUCAUCUCACGAGCCAACUAA